AGUUUAGAAUUCUGUUCCCUCAGCUCACAGGGGUUCUGACACUUGCCUUCUUCAUCCACAAUUGUGUCAUCACUCUUCUUCAAAAUAACAGGAAUCAAGAAAACAAUGUGAGACGCCUCUCUAUUGCUUACAUCCUGGUGGGAUUAACAUAUCUGUAUGUUGGAGUGAUAAUUUUUGCAUCUUUUCCUUCACCACCACUAUCCAAAGAAUGUAUUGAACAGAAUUUUCUAGAUAACUUUCCCAAUGAUGAAAUCAUGUCAUUUGUUGCAAGAAUAUUCCUGCUGUUCCAGAUGAUGACUGUAUACCCACUGUUGGGCUAUCUGGCACGAGUUCAGCUAUUAAGACAGUUUUUUGGAAAUGCUUACCCAAGAUACUCUGGAGCAACAUGUGGUCUGGCCUUUGUAUUCGUGUAACCAUGCCUCAUCUACGUAUCCCUGCAUCAUGCUGGGCAGCUGACGUGGCCAGCAUUGAUCAUUCACAUCUUUAUAAUCCUCCUUGGACUGGCUAAUCUGAUUGCACAAUUCCUAUUGUGA